AUGCCUGUAGGACCCGUCUCUCACCAUCUUCUGUUGCAUGAAAUUUUAGAGGAGCAGGCACGGCGGACGCCCGAAAAUGUCGCCAUUGAGUUUCACCCAGACCUGACUGUGACAUAUCACGAGUUGAACAGCCAAGCAAACCGGUUGGCGCGACAUCUUGAGAAAUGCAAAGCACAGAACAGGGAGGUGGUGGCGGUAUGUUUCGACAAGAGCCCACUGCUGGUAGUCGCCAUUAUUGCCAUUCUGAAGGCGGGCAUGGCGUGGGUGCCAGUUCCAAUGGAUGCUCCCCCAGCCAGGAUCUCAAGCAUCCUCGGCGCUUGCGAUGCAGGAUUUGCCCUGUGUUCGGCAUCAGCAAGACGGAUCGUGCAAGACUUGACAUGCUUGAUUGUGCUCGAUGACCUCCUCAACGACCCCGACUUUCUGGCAUAUCCAAUUACAAAUCUCGCAGGCCACCGAAAGCCCUCUGACCUUUGUCAUAUUCUGUUCACGUCCGGAUCGACCGGGUUGCCAAAGGGCGUAGCGUUAGAACACCGAGCCGUGAUGCACUGUGUUUGGGCAAUGGUCCAAGAGUUCGGUCUCACGGCGGAGACUCGGACCCUUCAAUUUUCAGCAGCGACAUUCGACGCCUUCUCCCUCGACGUAUUCAUGAGCAUUGCUUGCGGUGGCUGCCUGGUGAUGGCGUCGCCGUCCACCAUGGUAGCAGACAUGACGGCGUUUGUGCGAAAUUCUAGAGUCACAUAUGCACAUCUCACACCAACUAUCCUGGACAUGAUUGAUCCUCUGCGCGUUCCCGACUUUCAAACCGUUUCAAGCACCGGAGAGGCAUUGUCCGAGAGCCUUGCAAACAAAUGGAGGAGAAGAGUGCGUCUGUUCAAUUCCUAUGGCCCAACAGAGACGAUUGUGUGCACCAUUCAAUACCUCGGAGGAAAUGAAGUUGAUGCCUCUUGUAUUGGGAAGGCAGUCCCGGGACUCGAUGUUUGUCUUCUCGCCCCCGGAGAGCUAGACGAGGUCGCCGCAGGCAAGGUUGGCGAGAUAUGCGUAGCUGGCCCUCACCUCUUUCGAGGUUACGUCUCUGCGGAGAAGCUGCCGGAGCCUGAGAUGAAAAGGAGGGAGUGCUUACGAAAUGGAGUUCGAUACUACCGCACCGGGGAUAUGGCGAGGAUGGAAGCGUGCCCAGGUGGAGGGGGACACACCUUGCGAUACCUUGGUCGCCGUGAUGGCCAGGUCAAAGUCCAUGGAGCUCGAACCGAUCUAGGUGACGUGGAACAGUCCAUUUUGGCGUGCGAAGCCGUAAGGAACUGCGUCGUCAUCCUUCCGCGCUCGGGGCCUUCGCAAGGGCGACUGUGCUGUAUUGUCACGCUGCGUGCUUCUCCAACUGCAGGGACCAACGGGGGAUCACACAAGGCUCAAUUUAUGGGAGACUCGGUGGAACUGCUGAGUCCCUGCCGAGAUGUUCUGUCGGCUCUCGAAAGAGGCAGAGACGUUGCUGCCGCCAGGCUGCCGACACAUGCACUUCCUACUUCUUGGUGGGCUGUGAAGGAGUUUCCACUCACUUCGAGCGGAAAAGUUGAUCGGGUGAGGCUCCGAUCGCUUGUUGAGAGGAUGGAGAAAGGUUUUUACAUUCAGCACAUACGUGAUUUUGCUGGCAGAGCGCAGAUCCAGACCAGCCCAUCCAGUAUUGUCGAACAACAGCUCCAGUCUCUCUGGGCAGACGUGCUUGGUCGUCCAUUAUCCAACAUUGACACGACGGUCUCUUUUAUACAACUUAGGGCGGAUUCCCUGGACGUGAUUCGGUUCAUUGCCAAAGCCCGGACUAGAGGAAUAGAAAUGGAUAUUCCACAGGUCUACACUGCCAAGACUAUCCGACAGCUUGCUCGUACCCAGCAGCCUCCCUUGGAACAUCGCGCUUCGGCACAAAACCUAGCGUAUCGACCGUUCAGCGCAGUUCCGAUGGAUCGACCACUGGGACAGGUUAUGAAAAAUGCAGCAACCGUUUGCCAUGUCGGCGUGGAAGAAAUCGAAGAUAUCUUUCGGACGACUCCGUACCAGGCCGGCCUGAUGACUUUGGACUUGAGAUCGCCAGGGUCUUAUGUCUGCGCAUUUAGCUGGACACUGCUCAAGGGUAUUGACAUUGAGCGGUUCCGAAGUACCUGGAAAGUAUUGCUUGCUCAUGAGGCGGUACUCCGCAGUCGUUUGAUGUGGGAUGAAAGUCGAGACGACCUUUGGCAGGUUGUUGUUCGCCGUAGGGAGGUCGACUGGUCGGAGGAAUAUUUCGAGGCUCCCAUGUCGAUUGGGACUGAUCUUUGCCGCGGAUUCAUAAAGUGGCACGAUGAACUGGAAGGGUGGAAGUUUUCCCUCAAGAUACACCAUAGCAUCCUCGAUGGCUGGUCCUUGCGGCUGAUACUCAACCGCCUCCGAUCCAUGUACUUUGGAGAGGAAGUUCAGUCUCCACAAAGCCUUUCGUUUGCUGAAUUCAUGUACCAUCGCAUCGACGAAGAAAACUGCAAGCAAAGCGCUUGUGCGGCAUUUUGGAGCAAGUACUUGGAGAGUUCCACGCAGUUGGACUUUCCCCCGUUGCCGUCGGAAUCUCACGAGGUUCAUGCCACGGAGCACCAGUCAAUACAAAUUACAGCAUCGCUCCAGCAAACAGGAGCAUCAUUUGGAGUAACUCAGGCAACGCUGCUCUACGCUGCUGCGGCAUUAUUGUUAGCCGUCAAUGCCGACAGUCAAGAUGUCACAUUCGGUCUCAUUCUUGCAGGACGAGAGUCUCCGCUGGAUGGAGUUUUUGACAUGAUCGGUCCGGCAUUCGCUAUUUUUCCCUUCCGGACCAGAGUCAACCGUCGUAUGACGAUGAAGUCGUUUUUGCAACGCAUCCAAGACGACGUGACGAACAUCAUGCCGCAUCAGCACUACGGCUUGCAGGCAAUACGACAAUGCGGCGAGGGAGCCUCAAGGGCAUGUGACUUUCGAAGUCUUGUCAUAGUCCAACCUGAAGAUGAAGACCUCGGCGGACAAGGGUUAUGGGAAGAGGUCCAUGGCCAGACCACUGGACGGGCAGAUAGCAUCCCUUUAACCAUUGAAUUUGUUCCGGACGACGCUAAGAUUCUAGUCAACUGCCACUUUGAUCCUGCGUUUCUGUCUGGUCAAGAUGCGGGUAUGUUGCUGGGUCAGCUUGGUCAUGUCCUGAAGAGUCUCGGGAGCUCAGCCUUUCGCACUGAUCUUCUGGUAUCGCAGGUGAAGCUUGAGGGCCAGGAUGAGCAGUCUCUAUUUUCAGACUGGGUCAAACGCCAUGGAGCCCCCGUAGAGUCGUGCUUGCAUGAGCUCUUCCAGGACAACGUGGAGCGGUAUGCUGAUAGCACCGCAGUCGACGAUCAAGGUACACGGCAACAAAUCACAUACCGGGAGCUGGAUGCCUGCUCGAGCAGGCUGUGCAACCAUCUUCAGUUACACCAUCAAAUUGCCCCAGAGACCAUGAUUCCCGUGGUAUUGACCAAAUCAUCACUGGCAGUCAUUACAAUUCUCGCUGUGCUAAAGGCAGGCGGUGCUUAUGUUGCCAUCGAUCCAAGCUGGCCCAUUGGGCGAGUCCGACACAUUUUACAGGAGACGAGAGCAUCUGUCCUGCUACUGUGCUCUCCCGAUGUCAGUAGAAAGUAUCACGAGGGUACGGGUACGGGUACCACCGUCGUGAUGGAUCUCUCCGACUAUAGCUGGAACAAGGAACCACUGCGAGACGGAGAGGAUGGGGAGGAUGGGGAGGCGGACGGACGAAAACACCGAAUAGUGAGAGCUGCCUCGAGCACUAAUCUGGCUUGCGUUCUCUAUACGUCUGGCAGCACUGGUCUACCGAAGGGAGUCAUGCUUGAGCACGGCGCCCUGUGUACCAGCAUUGCUCACCUCAAACGGGUAUUCGAAAUGAAGCCUGGUACACGUCACUUGCAGUUCUCUUCAUUUGUGUUCGAUCUCAGCGUGGCGGACAUCUUUGUCACUUUAUUUGCUGGAGGAUGCGUUUGCAUUCCGACGGAGGAAAAUCGCCUCAACCGCCUCUCGUCAACGAUGAGAGAAAUGGCAAUCGAAUCGGCCAUUUUGACUCCUUCGCUUGCGGACCUGAUCUCCCCCGAGGACGCCGGGCCUCUGCAUACGCUCAUGACUGCUGGCGAGAUGAUGAGGUCUUCCUUGAUUAGGAAGUGGUCGCAAAAAAUACGCCUGCUCAACGCCUAUGGGUUGGUAGAAACGUCAAUAGUGACCUCGGUCUCCGAGCCACUCUCCUCCGAUGCCAGCCCUGCCAAUAUUGGACGGAAUGUCAGCGCGUGGCACUGGAUCGUACGACAAGACUCGACUGGCGCACUAUAUUCGGUUCCCAGGGGCUGCAUUGGAGAAAUCGCUGUUGCGGGCCAUACCUUGGCCCGCGGCUAUGUGAAUAACUCUAGCCUGACCGAGAAACGCUUUGUCGAGGCGCCCGAUUUAGCAGCCGGCCUGACUACACCUCGAAUCUACCUUACUGGUGAUAUUGGCAGGUAUACGGCGGACGGAAACAUUUGCCUCGUGGGACGCAAUGAUCAUAUGGUAAAGGUGAACGGAAUCCGUGUCGAGCCUGGCGAGUCGCAGAAGCAGCUUCAGCAACAGGGAGGCCUUUUCGCUUCUUGCGUGGUUCAGUGGCUGCAGGAUGAACAAUCAAAUGCAAGACUCGCAGCAUUUGUGGAAGUCGGCCCUUGCAGUUCCGGCCAUGUAUCUGGUUCAAACGUCAUCGCCGUUGAAGAAUUUACACCGGCAUUCCAGGAGAGUUGUCGUCGUGCUCAGCUUUGUCUGCAGGACCUGCUUCUUGUGCAAUACAUCCCCACGCUGUUUGUACCGAUUAGACAGAUGCCAUACACAACAUCAGGCAAGGUGGAUAUGAAACUGCUCAAGGAUGAGGUGCAAAAAAUCCCGAGCAUGGUAGGAGUCUUUGGUGUGAAUAAGGGCGUGAAGCAGCCUCGUGGAGAGCCCCCCGUCACUCCGUCAGAAAUUGCGCUCGAAUCAUCAUUUCGCCAGAUCUUUGCGAGUGAACAGCAGUAUCAUACAAAUGCGGACUUCUUCACGCAAGGGGGAGAUUCGUUUUCCGCUGUGAAGUUGGUAAGCGCAGCGAGAAAGCACGGCUGGGAAAUCUCCGUUGAACAAGUCUAUCGUCAUCCGCGUCUUAAAGACCUCGCUGCAGUAGCUUCUCCUGCACAGAAAUGCAUCAAGCCGUUGCGGGCCUUCUCCAUGGUCGACGAAACUGAUCUCGACUACAACAUCUCUCUCGCUGCUGAGAAGUGUGGCGUCAGAAAGACCCAGGUUUUAGAUCUCUAUCCGUGCACCGCAAUGCAAGAAGCGCUCAUGAUUUCGUCAGCAAAGUCAUCAGGCGGGUUUUUCAACCAAGAGGUCUUUCAACUCGCUGAUGGGACUACGGCGUCAACUCUGGGGACUGCUCUGCAAUCCGUCUGGGCCAGGCAUGCCAUUUUACGGACACGUAUCAUACUGGACAACGAAUAUCGCAGUUUUCAGGUGAUUGUUGAUGAGAAACUCGAGAUUGCCGUGCUUACGAAACAAACUGUCCAAGAAUAUCUACAACAGGAUUCUGCCCUCGUCCCAGGAUAUGGAGACAGGUUAUGUCGGUGUGCUAUAUUAAAAUGCACCUUGGGCAGCUACCUGGUCAUUUCACAUCAUCAUGUCGUUUACGACGCUUGGUCCAAGAAUUUAGUGUUUGCAGACAUCGAGCAAGAAUACUUUGCGACAAGCGUUUCGACAGAGACGCGACCAACCUUCUCUUCGUUUGUACAAUAUGUCACGGAGCUUCGCAAAGCACCUCAAGCAGAGAAUUACUGGAAACAAAGUCUAAAAGGUGUCUCUGUGACAGCCCUACCACAGAUCAAGAUGGCAACACAUUUUCAGGCGAAUCAGAAAUAUUCCAUGGAAGUUCCGCUGCCUAUUGAUGACCGUUAUCCGUUGGCUACGAUUGCCGAGGCGGCCUGGGGCCUUCUUCUCUGCCGUUAUACCGGACGUGAGGAUGUGACCUUUGGAUGCGUUCGUGCAGGGCGUACUGCGCCGGUGGAAAAUAUAGAUUCAAUCGUGGGACCAACAAUCGUGACCAUCCCCAGGCGGGUUUUCGCACCCUGCGGCCAACACGUCCGCAGUUAUCUUGAAACUAUUGAGGCUGCUAUGAUCGACGCAUUACCGUGGGAGCAGUUCGGGCCCCAGAAUAUACGCAAGCUUAGUUCUGAUGCACACAAUGCCUGUCAAUUCAGCUCGUUGCUUGUCGUCCAAUUAUUACCUCCCGAGCUUGAAAUGCUUACAAGCAAAAUACUCACUCCACAAACAAUUGGGGAUAGUAUAUUCAAAGACGAUUGCCUGAAUAUAGAGUGCCAGCCGCGAGGGAACCAGUUGAUAAUCUCAAUCAUGUACGACGACCGUGCCAUUACCAGAGAAGAAGUUGGCUGGAUCUCCUACAACUUCUCCCGUCUGCUUUCCGAGCUAGUUUUGAAACCGCGCCACAUUCUUCGAGAGCUGGACAUUAUUGGCCCACGAGGAACGAAACAGGUACAGAUGUGGAACAGUUCUGCCCUUAUGCCGAGUCCAACCCGUGUUGACGAAAUAUUUACCUUGCGAGCUCGCGAGUGGCCAUCGUUGAACGCAGUCCACGCCAGUGAUGCUCUACUUACAUACAUCGAGUUGGAUAACUUGUCUUCAAAACUUGCAUUUAAACUUGGAACGCUUGGAAUCGAAAGGGGCAAUACCAUUGCCCUUCUCAUGCCGAAGAGUGCGGUGGCAAUCGUCUCCAUGCUUGCCAUCCUCAAGGCUGGCGCUGCUUACGUGCCACUAGCACCAGACUCGGUAAAAUGCCAGCUAGAAUUGCUCAGAGGCAAGCUAGAUAUAGAGCUGAUUCUCUGUACACCUGACCAAGCAUCGAAACUUUUGAAUCACCCCGUCAAGGCGGUAUGCUGCACUAUCGAGAAUCUCACGCUAGAAGAUAACUCCACGUUCCCGUGA